AUGGUCAAAUGUUGCUGAUUUUACUACAGUGUAGGACAGAUUGUAGGGUAGCAAACAUCGCCGGAAAACAAGUUGGGGUUUUUUACACCCAGGUUACCUGGUGUAAUGUUUUUCAGCUAAAAAGAAACAUGGUCUGACUCCUACCUAACUAUAUAAAGAGUAACUGAAGGUUAAAUGCAGCUUUUGGGAGGGGGGGGGUAUCUAUACUAAAAUGUUGUCUCAACAAAGUACUGUAUGCUUUUUUAUAUUUUUAGCAGUGUGUCACACAAACAGCAAAUAUUGUCAAAAAAGUAAGAAAUCUUUGGGGAUGCUUUGAUUCAUUUUUGGGGGUGCUGAAGCUGGGCGCUGAUGCUGGGUCAGACUUUGGACAGUGUUUGAGUAAUGAAAGCAAUCAAGCCAACAGUCACCCUGACCUGUCAGUCUGGAGUUGUUUACUGCCAGCUCUAGCAAUGCCCUUCCCUAACUCACAAUGAAGUGGUCAAUACCAUUAGCACCUUUGGUGAGGUGGCCAGUCCAGCCAGUCCACUUACGCGGCUACAACACAAGCUGCAGAAUUAGGACUUGUCACUUCCCAGUCCACUGAGUUUUAUUUCAGGCAUGUCGAUAUUCAUGUCAGACAUGUGUGGAGACGUUAGGCCAGGGCUUCUGUAGAAUAAUAAAGAAUGGAUGUUCACCUAAAACACACAUAUUGUAAUAUGCAACAAAGCUAUGUUGUUGUAGUUGAUUUGGCACAAAUGUUUGCCUUUUUUUGGCAUAUGUUACAUUUGAUUUAAGUAGUAUUAAUUGUUAAUUCUGCCAUUUUUUAUGUGCGUAAACCAGAUAAAUAUGCAGCAUUAAACUAUUAAACUCAAGUGAAACUCACUUGAAUGUCCCUUGUAACAUUCAAAAAUGAUGGAAUCUUAUUUAAAAUUAUAUAAAGUAACAAAUCUUUGGAUUGUUGACGUUAAUUAAAUUAGCAGCAAUCCAGGCCAAAGCAGCAAAAUACAUCUGAUAGAAAGCAGUAAGUCGCGUUUGGAGACAUCACUAUUGAACCUGGCGCGGUUUCUGUUGUGGAGUGCUGCUUAUAAUCAGAUGUUUUUCAAGUUUUCUUCACAGGAAUGAAAGCUUUAGCAGCAAGGUAGAAAGAACAGAUUUUAUGCACUCUUGUGAAAAACUGAGUACACCUCAAGAAUUCAAGAACUUACAGAACCAUCUUUAGCAGCAUUCACUUAAAAUCAGCUUUACAGUAACUUGUCUUUUCAAUAUCUCACAUCAUCACCACAGUAUUCCAGUCUUUGGGGGUCUGGACUUGUGACUGUGCCAUUAUACACCUAGAUUCUUUUAUUUUUCACCCACUCUGUUGUAAAUUUGCUGUUGUGCUUGGGAUCAUUGUCCAGUUGCAUAACCCAGUUUUCUCCAAAUUCUAGGUGUUGGACUGAUGGCAUCACGUUUGACUCCAGAAUAUUUUAGUAUACAGAGGAAUUUGUGGUCGACUCAAUAACUGAGCGCCCAGGUCCUAUGGAUGCAAAACAAGCCAAAUGAUCAGCCCUUUCACCAACGUGCUGACUGUUGGUAUGAGGUGUUAGUGCUGAUAUUCUGUGUUUGGUUUUAUUAAAUGUGGCAUUUUCACCUUGGUCUCAUCUUUUCAAGAGGUCUUUGUGUUUGUUCAGAUGCAGCUAUGCAAACCAAAACCCUGCAGCCAGAUGUUUUAGAGGGAAGAGUUUUUUCUUGGCAAUACUUGAAAACAAGCCAUACCUGUUCAGACUUUUUUGUAAUUGCAUUGUCAUCAACUUUAACUCUGAACAUGCUAACCGAGGCCUGUAGAAUGUGCAAUGUAGGUCUUGGGGUUUUUUUGCACAGUCUGACUUCAGGGUGAAUUUCCUGGCACAUCCAUUCCUGAGAAGAUUCUAGCACCUCUGCUUUUAUAGAGAUGGUGAGACUAGCUGAUAAUCAAUUAAUGAAGAAGCACUUGGCUACUUACCCUCUUAAUUCCUGUUUAAGCAGCUAGGGUGCACUUAGUUUUCACAGGACGGCAUAGAGUGUGACUUUUACACUGCUGAGACAACAAAGGCUAAUUUUCACCUUUAGCCUCUGGUUUGAUUAUCUAAUAACCACUGUUUUACAGAUUUAGGAAAAAACGUAAUGGAUACUGAUUACCUGUACUAGUGACUUGUCAAUCUCAGGGUACCCAUGCACUAACUCGUACCCUGAUUAAUAGUCUAUUUUGCACAAAAUGGAAGCUUAAUCUGCAAAACGAAUAUCCUGCUGUACUAAAAUUUGACUAGAAAGUACCAACUGCGACCAGCUGGGAAGGUUUUACUCUUGCAUUACAUCAAAGUGGCUGUAGAGUAAUUUCUCAUAGACUUCUAUGCAAUCAGACUCAUAGCAUGUUUCAAAAAUGUCAAAUGUAAAUGUCAAGUUUGUUCAUUCUGACAGUCCAAAAAUACAAAGAUAUAUAUUUACAACAAAAAUGUCACAUCUUCACAUUAUAUGUAUUUUUGCUUUUAAAAGACUAAUUAACAAGUCUUUUGAGCACUAGUUGCAAAUAAAAUUGGCCAAACUAAUUAAUCUAGCUUUCUACGGUAAGUAGAUGCAAAUUAAUAAUCAUACCCAAACAGUCUGCUUCCUGACAUCUAAAGCCAUUAUAAACUUGGCCAGUUGGAGUCAAGACGUGAUAAUAAUUGAUAUGUUCAGGAAGAAAGGAAGGACAGAGGAAACAAUAAGCUACUUUAAUGUUUCAGGAAAAACAUCAGUAUAUGAGCAAAGGGGAUGGAGGAGGGGUGGAGCAUCCCGGGUAGACUUGAAAGUGUGGGACCUUCAAAUGACACUGCAAAAAGUGUGCUACAAAGCACUGGCUGGCAGUGUCAUCAUUCAUGUACUGUGGUGUGUUGUGUAGGAGCAAACACUUGAGUGUGUUUCUUGCAUUUGUUUAAAACAGAAUCAGGGAGAAAGUAUUCCUGGCUUUAGCGUGUUUGUGAUGAAAGUAUAUUAUUAUCCCCUACAUUUGUUGCAUGUGUUAAUGCGUUUGUGCGUGCGUGGCUAUAGGAUUAAUUCCCUUCUCCUCCCUGUGGUAAUCCAUCUCCAACCCUGCCACUUUUCAUUCAAAUCAUGCCCAUCGUUGGGAAAUGUGCCACCCGUCAGGCGCCUCGCUCAGAGUGAGCUCUUGUGGCAUCUAAGGGCACUUCACAUGCUGUUCUUUGAGCUUGGCCGGGUCCUUCUUCCAGAUUUCUCUCUCCAUCUCACACAGACACACGCACACACAUUCAUUACCUCCGAAUGAGGGGUGAGUUAUAUUGUGGCGGGAUGCUCAGGCCAGAUCACCAACGCUAGGACACGUGAAGUUCAAAUAGACAAUUUAAAAUGUUGCUGCAAGUGCCCUCUGAGAAUAUAAAGACAUUUGUGCUGUAGAACAUUAUCAUGUUGAAUACAAAUACAUAUAUAGGAGGUGUUUGAUGUGGUAUGAGACACUUAUGUGUUGCACAAAAUUAAACUGACAUCAGCCUGAGCCAGAAAUUAAAUGUGAUGCUCAACCAAAUCUGAAACAUCUGCUGUGUGUUUUCUAAAUUAAUGUCUUGCAAACACAGUUCGCCUUUGGGAGACUAACUAGCAGUAGGAAUAGUGUGUGUAGAAAGAAGAAAAAAGUACCAUUAGCAUUGGCCAUGGUUGUAGGCUUUGGUAGCAGUUUUAGCUGUGAGUGGCACGGUAGUUAACAGUGAAUAUGCAAAAGUUGUAGAGGUAAUUUCAUAUUGUCAAAAAAUCCAACAAGCUAACCUCCUGCUAAGUUCUUACUCUGUUAAACUGUAUAAAUCCUCUUUUUCAGUUAAACUAACAUGCGGGACAACAGCCACACUGAACAUUUUAUUGGAGAUGGAAGCAUUGGGGCCGUUUUUAACUCUCAGUGAUGCCACAGUCUUUGUUUGAGUUUGCACCCAGAAAUAGCUAAAGACAUCUAACUUAAGAGGUGAGUUACAGCUAGACACCAUUUGAUUAGAAACUAAUUCAAAACGUUUGGGAACCAUUUCAGAUUAUUUCAGUUGUGACCAGCUUUCCAACCAUCGACAUUUUCCUGCACUUCUCUGUGUUUCUGAAGAUACCUGCACCUAAAAUGUUUUACUCACGAGCUUUGUGUGUAAAGGGGAAAAGUUGUCUUCAUUAAAGAAGCAAGACUAAGUGUAUGUGUGGAUGAGGCCUUUACAUGUGACCACAAUACUGUAAUAUUAUACCCAGACUAAAUUGUUUAAAAUGGCAUCUCUUUGAGAUUUGCUUUAUUUCCAUAACCACUAGACUAACCACUAGAGACCACGUGAUGCUCCACACAGUCUCCUCCAUGUCAUCAUCCUAUGAAUAAUAUCUGCUUUGUCCUACGUGAUAGAACCAAGAGCAUACCACUUAUGAACUUGACGCUCAUUACGUUCCCUUUGCUGAGGUCACGGGCUGCAUAAAUCUCUAUGACUCAAUGAAUUUCAUGUACCUGCUCUUUGUCUUGCAUUAAAAGUCAAGCUUAUCAUCCCUUUGUUAGCAGCCAACCUGUAUUUGACCUCAAAUGAAUCGCCUGCUUUCAGUAUGUCAAGAAAAAGAGUUAUUUGCCUCCUCAGAAAAGUGAAAUGGAAAGCCAGAGGCAGUGCUGGAUUAGCACCAUGGGAAAUGAAAGGCCACCUCCAUCUCUGUAAAUAGCACUGUUCUUAUGUUGCAAGUAUAGGCUCAGUAGGCUCAUCCUUUUUUCAGAAGGACACUAAGAGAGCAUAUUCUCAAUCAAGGGCAGUGUCCCACUUUGCAGUUUGAUCCUGAUCUGCACCUAAUAUGAUCGCACAUCAAUGGAAUUAUGGAAAUAUGUAGCUAGAUUACAUGGAAAAUCCAGGUGUUAUAGAAAAUAGAAUGGAUAAAAAUUUGUUUAAAUAUUUCGAUUUGAGAAAGUGUUAAUCUGCAGUGCUCUUUUAUAAAUAGUUUUAUAGUAAUUGUGCAGUUUGUAAUAAGCAUGUAUGAUAGGUGGUACUUGUUACAAACGUUGACAAUAGGGACAAAAUUGCUGUGUAUGCUAUUUGAAAACAUGAGAUGUCUUGCAUUUUUCAAAAUCUAUGCAUUCACGUGUUUUCUGGUCUCCACUCCAUUUAUCUAUGUUUGAGUCAUAAGGCCAAAGAAGCCCAGACCUCCCUCUCCCGGGCCACUUUUCCCAGCUCAUCCAGGGGGGACCCCAAGAAAUUCCCAAGAGUUAUUCUCCCCUGGGGCCUCCUCCCCUUCACUUAGGAGGCGCCCAAGAGGCAUCCUGAUCAGAUACCUGAACCAACCCAACUGGUUCGUUCAAUGUGGAGGAGAUAAGAUGAAUGACCAGACUCCAUCCUAUCUCGCAGAGCUGAGCCACCCUGCAGAGGAAGCUUGUUUCUGCUGCUUGUAAUCAUGAUCUCUGCCCACAGCUCAUGGUAAUAGUUAAAGCCCUGUUGUUAGCGGAUGAUGUACCAGACAGGAAGCUGACUUCUGACGAGGAGGAAGCCAAGCGCAUCGCGGAGAUGGGGAAGCCGGUGCUGGGAGAACACUCCAAGCUAGAAGUCAUUAUUGAGGAAUCGUAUGAAUUUAAGAGCACAGUGGAUAAGCUUAUCAAGAAGACCAACCUGGCUCUGGUGGUGGGAACAAACUCCUGGAGAGAGCAGUUCAUGGAGGCCAUUACAGUCAGUGCAGAUGAGGACGAGGAUGACACAGGGGAAGAAAGGCUUCCUUCCUGUUUUGACUACGUCAUGCACUUCCUGACCGUCUUCUGGAAGGUCCUGUUUGCUUGUGUUCCUCCCACGGACUACAUGAAUGGCUGGGCGUGUUUCACCAUCUCUAUCAUUAUAAUCGGCCUGCUCACGGCCGUCAUCGGCGACCUGGCAUCUCACUUCGGCUGCACUAUUGGCCUAAAGGACUCAGUUACUGCUGUGGUUUUUGUGGCACUCGGCACCUCAGUCCCAGACACCUUUGCCAGUAAAGUAGCAGCAGUCCAGGACACCUACGCAGAUGCCUCCAUUGGGAAUGUGACUGGCAGCAACGCAGUCAAUGUCUUCCUGGGAAUCGGCAUGGCCUGGUCAGUGGCGGCCAUUUACUGGCACAUGAAAGGGAAGCCGUUUGUGGUGGAGGCCGGCUCGCUGGCCUUUUCUGUCACUCUCUUCACCAUCUUCGCCUUCCUGGCCAUCUCGGUGCUGCUUUACCGGCGCCGGGCCCACAUCGGAGGAGAACUGGGCGGGCCCCGGGGACACAGACUGGCCACAUCAGCCUUCCUUUUCAGCCUCUGGUUUCUUUACAUUCUCUUCUCCAGUCUGGAGGCCUACUGUCAUAUAGAGGGCUUCUAAACAAACAAAAAAAGACUCCAGUGUGACACAAUACAAACAUACAGGGGUUUAAAGUACAACUUUAGAGGUAAAAGAGUGAAUUCUCACUGUGGAAUUUAGGUCAAUCUUGUAUGGAAAGGACAGGAGAGGGUUUUCCUUUACACCUCC